AUAACACAACACACAAGUUCCGAGGACUGGUCGAGUGGAUAGAGAGGAGAUUAAAACCUGUCAGAGUUACAGAUAGGAGGACUCGUUUGGGAUCCGAAUCACACAUUGCAAAGAAAUGCUGGAGACGGGAGAGGAGACCUAGUUGUGUACCUGACAUGCGCCGAUCUCAUCUACCUCCGGACCUUAAUACACAUACGCAUGGGGUACGGGACACUCGACCAUCGUACGUCACAGGAUUAAAACGUGCACACAUAGGUAUAAAUCAAGCAUUUCAGGACUCGCCAAUAGCAUACAAGUGUCAGUCGGAAGAAGGGCGGAUAAAACCGGAAGAGACAUAUAAGGGAAAAUGGCGGAAAGCGAACAGGCAAAGGUAUCACUUACUGAGGAGGAGGUGAAACUCUUACAAGCCAGCUGGGAAAUUCUGGCCGAGGACAAGAAAACCAACGGCGUGAAGCUUUUCAUCAAACUUUUCAGAAAGUACCCCGCAGCACAAGACAAGUUCAGGGCGUUCAAAAAUGUUUCCCUAGAAGACCUAGAUUACGAUGGUGAGACGACCAAGAAAAACCGAAAGAUGGUGGCCCAUGGUAUGAGCGUUAUGUAUGCUCUGGAGUCGUACAUCGACAGUCUCGACGACAUGGACUGUCUCGUGGAACUUGUUCGGAAAACUGCAAAGUCUCAUUUGGACCGAAGUAUUGGAGUGAAAGAGUUCAUGUGGAUGAUACCAGUGACACACGAGCUCAUUGAUUACGUCACAGAUGGAAGGGAAAAUGUAAAUGUAGGUGGUGUAAAGAAAGCAUGGACAAAGAUCAUGACAAUGGUGGCAGAUAUAGUAGAAAUAGAGGCUAACGCAGACACGAGCCAACAACUCGGUUAAAUGUUGAGCGGCAGAAGGGUGUUCAUAUAUCAAUAAUGAUCGACAUUAUGGUGUUCAUAUAGCAAUGAACAUCAGUUAAAGAAGCCUAGCAUUAUUUUAGAGAGAUCAUAAUAACGAUAUGAUGAACUGUUUUCUCCAGGUUGGUAAGCAUUCAUGUAUGUGAAUAGACUUUCUUCGUGACGUUUGUGUGCCUGCACCCUGUCUGACCCUUCACACACAAACCUUAGUUUACUUGUAUAUGCUUAUGGCUAAUGUGUCUGAUGAGGGUGACACAAUCUGCUUAAUAUGCUUUACAAUGGUAUUGUGUUUUUAGCAUAGAUAUUUUGAUGUCAAUAUGAAAAUAAAGCUAAAUCACAUAAAUUUCAGCUAAUUAA